AUGAAGAAAAGAAAACGGGUUCUGAUUCUCAAUGUUUGGAGAACUCUUGAAACUGUAAAAGACAAUCCUCUUGCUAUAUGUGAUUGGAGAUCCCUCAAGAAAGAAGAUGCAUUAGAAUUCCGAGUCAGGCCUACACACAUUGGGAAUUCAGUCCAGGCAUGGAGUUAUGGACCUCAUCAAAGAUGGUUUUACUUGCCUAAUCAGGAACCACAUGAGGUAUAUGUUUUCAUGCAGCAUGACAGCCAUGGAGAAGGAAAACAUGGAAUAAAUGUUCCACAUACUUCAAUAAUAUUAGAUGGCCAAGAAAAUGACACUCCCACACGGAUCAGCUAUGAGUUCAGGAUUGCAGCACUUAUGGAUGAUUGA